AUGCCAUUAUCAAUUGAAUCAGAGAUUGAUCUUCUAUAUCAUUUAUCAACCAUGUCUGAACAUGUUUUACCAAAAGGAAUCUUUUAUCUUCUUCUUUGGAAACGUCUUAAUCAGUCAAGUAUUCCGCCAGCUUUCACAUUCAAUGAAAUGAUCGAUCAUCUUCGUACACUAUACGAUGAAAGCGUUUUUGAUAAUCCAGAGCUACCUGAAUCCAACGAUCAUGAUUUCGAAUGGCAUCCAGCUGAGAUUACUGAACAAGAAAAUGAAGGUCAGCAACAAGUGGAGAAAGAUUUAUCUAAUAAAUCUGAACCAACAGCAAUAGCUCCAACGCCAUCGCCCGCUGUAACUAAAUCGCGAAAACGACCGCCUUCUCCAUCAUCUGGCACGUCGAAUGGUGAUAGUGGCCGUCGAAGUGGUCGUUCAAAGCUGAAUGCUCAGCCAAAAGAUGACGAUGAGCAGCAACAGUCGAAAACUGACAAACGAAAAUCGACCAAAGAUACAUCUCGAAUAUCAACACGAUCAAUACCAGCAACUGACUCGAUUGGUACACGUUUACGAGGACAAAAAUAG